ACCAAUGCUGGGCACUUGGACACUGGGAAGGAGCAUGAAGGAAAUCCUCUUAACCAGGUAAUCUCUCCACCCAUCUGCUGCUACUGUCUUCCACCAACAUGCCAUUCCCUCCACUGGCCUUUAUCGCCAGUGCAAAUAAAAGGCCAUGCUGCUGUCUCCUCAGGCUGAAAGGAACUGGGAGAGUGUUUGUUCAGUGCUCGAAGAUGUGUUGGAGAGCCAGUCACACAGGCAGUUAUUUGCUUUAGAGCUUGGUUCUGGAACUGGCCAGCAUAUCAUACGGUUUGCUCAGAAGAUGCCCUUUGUCAUUUGGCAGCCAUCAGACAUCAAAGAGGAUUCUCUAGAGAGUAUCAAGGCAUAUAUUGCUGCAACCCAAGCAAAGACGGUGCUACCACCUGUUCACCUGGAUGCCAGUGAUCCGUGGGAGAAAUGGGCAGGACUGAGUCACAACUCCUGUGACGUUAUUAUUUCCAUUAAUUUACUGCAAUACAGCUCCUUCAAAACAGCCCAGGGAGUUUUCAGUGGAGCAGGACAGAUCCUCAAACAAAACGGCCUUUUGAUAACAUAUGGGGUGUAUGCGGUUAAUGGCAUCAUCACACCAAGUUGUAAUGAAAAGCUGGAUGAGGAGCUACGAAAAAUGAAUCCAGACUGGGGUCUUCCAGAUAUCGACGUGCUCAGACAGCUGGCCUAUGGGAACGGGAUGCGUAUGGAGCGGAUAAUUGAGAUGGAAGAAUACUACAAAUGCCUCAUCUUCAGAAAACUCUAAAGAAGCCAAAAUACCAAAAGGACAUUAAAUUAUUAGUUCACAUCAGUUAUGAGUGUAAGUCUUUAGUCUUUAUAUUUGUAAGACAAUUCUGCAAUCUGAUAAUGGAUAUAGUUGAAUAAAAGCUUUUAAAAAACCCUCA